UGUGCGCGCCGGUGCGGGCGGCAGCAGUAAACAUGUUCUACCGAGUGCGUAGUUCCAGCAGCGCUACUUCACCUCUUCGCGAUUUGUUAAUUAUGACGAUUCCAGCGCUUACGGAAGCUCGCUCCCUGUGGAACUGGAGAUAAUUUGUCAUUCGAAGUCUUAUCUUAAAGAACAAUGUACGUCUCUGCAGACUGGCAUAUGGACGUAGCUGGCAUGGACCAGUCGUGCCUGCACGAGGGCCUGCCCGCCGUGCCCGGGGGGCUGCCGCUGCUGGCGGUCCACGCGGCCGUGGACGGCGUCAUGCUGCUGCUCAUGCUGGCGACGAACGCGUCGAUCGUGGCGGCCAUCGUCCGCCAGCGCCGCCGCCUCGCCGGCGUCUCCCUGUCGGCGCGCUUCGCCGCCAACCUCGCGGCAGCGGACGCGUUCGUCGGCGCUGCCACCGUCUUCUACCUGUCCUACCGCUACGUGUGCGCCUCGAGGGUGGGGCUCGGUGGCUACAAGUACACGUGCGUGUUACGCUUCGUGGUCGUCAGCAGUGCCCACAUGACCUCGGCCUACAGCCUCGUGGCCAUAGCUGUCGACCGCUACAUCGCAGUUGUGCACGCACUCCGCUACAAGGAAAUCAUGAACGUCAGGCGAUGGGCUGUCAUAAUCGCAACUGUAUGGCUGGCCUCCAUAAUGAUAAAUCUAUCACUCUUUGCGUGGAAUAAAUGGGAGCCUGGAGCUGAAUGCGAACUGGACAAAAUCGUUCCUCUGGGUUACAUGAUAGCAGCCGGGAUCGCAACCCACGGCGGCAUCAUCGUGGUCGUGGCACUGGUGCAUUACCGGAUUCACAGGGAGGCAGUUGCGGUGAAGUGCCGACGACUGACGGGCGACAACCAGCCAUGCCCCGGGGGGUCGGCGGCCAACGUGCUGCGACGCACCAUGAACACCAAGUCUGCUCGCGUCCUCCUUCUCGUUACCUGCGUCUACCUGGGAUGCUGGGCGCCCUACACGCUUCUCUAUCUCGUUAAGGUCUCCGGAAUCUCAUCCCCAGCCAUCGACCUUGCCCAGAACCUCGCCUAUACUUUCGCCAACAUCAAUUACCUCGUCAACCCAUUCAUCUAUUCGUGGAAGAACGCGAAUGUUCGUCAGUGUAUUGUAAGGACCCUCCAAGACCUGGGACUGUACGACAAAUCUGUAUUGAGUAAUGCAGUCAAGAGUAAUGUUUCUGACAGGAGGACUAGCAGCAGGACACCGUCGAGUGAGCAAAUUAUUCCUACUUAGUGGUCCAUCAUUCCAGUGUUUCGUUUAUCAUUGAGGAUUCAUCAUUCGAUUCGUAGCGAAGUGUGCUGCGGGUAUUUUGUAAAUGGACGAAGUAGCAGGAGAAACGAUCUGUUGAAAAAUGUCGUUUGUCCUUCGCCAGUGGCAGUGUAAUGUGCAAAACCUGUUGAAAAAUGUCCAUCCACAGUGCAUUUCAGCAACAGUCAGAAACGUAUCCAGAACAUUACCAUUGCAUAAGAAAGACAUAGCAUAUAAUUAGUAAGUGCUAGUCUGAACAAAUUUCGUUUCCUUUUAUUGUGUAUAUAGUGUUGUAAAUUAUCACCAGAGAACCUCUUACAAGUACGGAUUUUACACAUGCGUAAAGACAUAAUUAUGAAGGGGACCGUUUGUGUAAUCUUCGAAAACGUGACUGUAAUUAAUAACUGAGUUGAAGGACAUUAUAAAGCACACUUACGUUCUUAGAAUAAGAAUUAGUAACAAAAAUGGUAGAUGUUAUGCACUGGCUUUCUACUCCUACCUUUUUUUAGUAAUAACCCCCUAUGUUUCAAUUUUACUAAAUAAAACAUGAAUUUCGAGAAUCCUCUUUUGAUAUAGUAAUUGGUGAACAUCUCAUUCACAAACUGGAAAUGGGUACAGUUGAUAAUGUAAUCACACAUAAUUUUCUCUGUCUCACUGUGUGUGUGUGUGUGUGUGUGUGAGAGAGAGAGAGAGAGAGAGAGAGAAAGAGAGA